AUGCUUAUUGGUAUCUGCGGAAGCAUAUGCUCGGGCAAGAAGACGGUGGCGCAAUACCUGGUUGAGCACCAUGGCUUCAAGCGACUGCACCUGCGCAGCGAUUCCAAGGGGGCCAACGGCGUCAGAUCCAGCCCUACAGAGGAAGCCGCCGUCUCUGACUCGGCCGCUCAAGGGAGCAACUCGUCCAAGUCGCUGGUCGUGAGAGGGCGGCAUGAGAGCCACACCUUUGACACGGCCGAGGCGCUGCUGGAUUUCGUCACGCUCAGCUGGCGCAGCCGCUUCGUGACGACCGACGUCCCCACAGAAAAGGUGCUCGACGUGUUCCUGCGCCGGCCCUUUGUCAUGCUCAUCUCGACGGACGCGCCGCUGCUCGUGCGCUGGCGGCGACACACGGCGCGAGCCGAGGCCGUGGGCGCCGGCGCGCUGUCGCUCGAGGACUUUGCCGCAGAAAACGACACGCACCUGUACUGCCCGCAAAGGGGCCUGCAGCCGCUCAUUUCGCGCGCGACGGUGCGGCUGCUCAACACGUCACCGUCGCUCGCGCACCUGUACGCGACGCUGGGCAAGCUCGACAUUCCCAACCCGGAGCGGCUGCGCCCCGGCUGGGACACGUACUUCAUGUCGCUGGCCUCGCUGGCCGCGCACCGCUCCAACUGCAUGAAGCGGCGCGUGGGCUGCGUGCUCGUGGGCGAGGGCAAGCGCGUGCUGUCGACCGGCUACAACGGCACGCCGCGCGGCUUGCGGAACUGCGCCGACGGCGGGUGCCCGCGCUGCAACAGCGGCAACUCGUCGGGCGUCGGCCUCUCGACGUGCCUGUGCAUCCACGCCGAGGAGAAUGCGCUGCUCGAGGCCGGGCGCGAGCGAAUCCGCGGCGGCUCCGUCCUGUACUGCGACACGUGCCCGUGCCUCACGUGCAGCAUCAAGAUCUGCCAGGUCGGCAUCAGCGAGGUCGUCUACGCGCACGGCUACAGCAUGGACACGGAGACGGCGGCCGUGUUUCGCCAGGCCGGCGUCAAGCUGAGGCAGUUUACACCGCCCCCUAACGGGUUGAUUCAUCUGGAAAAUAUGGAAUUGUAUUAG